AGCACAUUUCCAUUUCUCCCUUUUGAGACUUUCCUCUCAUUCUCUCUCCUCGUAAUUUAUUCGGGGGUCUUUCACUCUUUCUUCCUUCAAAUCGAAACCCUUUGGAACCCUAAAACCCCCAAAUCAUAUCCAAUAUCAUUUUCCCCCCAAAUUGAUUUUAAUUUGUAGGUUGAUUAAAAUGCAGAAUCAAAGAAUGAAGCAACAACAACAACAAGCUUUGAUGCAGCAAGCUCUACUUCAGCAACAGUCUCUUUACCACCCUGGUCUUCUUGCUGCUCCUCAGAUAGAGCCAUAUCCUAGUGGAAACCUUCCUCCUGGUUUUGAUCCCUCUUCUUGCCGUUGUGUUUAUGUGGGUAAUAUUCAUCCUCAAGUCACAGAACCUUUACUUCAAGAGGUUUUUGCUAGUGCUGGUCCUGUUGAAGGUUGCAAGCUUAUUAGAAAGGAAAAGUCAUCCUAUGGUUUCAUUCACUACUUUGAUCGGAGAUUUGCCAGCAUGGCUAUAUUGACACUUAAUGGAAGGCACUUAUUUGGCCAGCCUAUAAAAGUUAAUUGGGCAUAUACCAGUGGUCAGCGAGAAGACACUUCAAAUCAUUAUAAUGUGUUUGUUGGCGACCUAAGCCCCGAGGUUACUGAUGCUAUGAUGUUUGCUUGUUUUUCCGUUUAUCCUAGUUGUUCAGAUGCAAAAGUGAUGUGGGAUCAGAAAACUGGGCGCUCUAGGGGGUUUGGAUUUGUUUCAUUUCGCAGCCAGCAGGAUGCCCAAAGUGCUAUAAAUGACCUUACUGGUAAAUGGCUCGGUAGUAGGCAGAUACGCUGCAAUUGGGCAACUAAAGGUGCUACUAACAAUGAUGAUCAGCAGAGUUCUGAUGCAAAAAGUGUGGUGGAAUUGACUAAUGGCACAUCAGAAGAUGGAAAGGAGGCCACAAACAGUGAAGCCCCUGAAAAUAAUCCUCAAUAUACAACUGUGUAUGUCGGAAAUCUUGCUCCUGAGACUACUCAACUUGACCUCCACCGUCACUUUCAUAACUUAGGAGCUGGAUCUAUUGAAGAAGUAAGGGUACAGCGUGACAAAGGCUUUGGCUUUGUCAGAUACAGUAAUCAUGCUGAAGCUGCUUUGGGCAUUCAGUUGGGAAAUACACAAAAUUUGCUUUUCGGAAAACAAAUCAAGUGUUCUUGGGGAAGCAAGCCAACUCCAGCAGGGACAGCAUCAAAUCCACUACCUCCACCGGCUCCUGCACCUUUAGGCUUUUCUGCUACGGAUCUUCUAUCCUACGAGAGGCAAAUGGCAAUGAGUAAGAUGGGCGGAAUGCAUGCUCUCAUGCAUGCACAGGGACCUCUUCAUCUAAAUAAAGCUAGUAUGGGUAUGACAGCGCCUGGAGCUAGCCAAGCUAUUUAUGAUGGCGGGUAUCAAAACAUGGCAGCUGCUCAGCAGAUGAUGUACUAUCAUUAAAUCUCGAUGCACAGCUCUUUUAAAAUUCUUCUGCACCCGCAGAUUUACAUUUGUGUGUCUAAAAUUCAUCUAUUAGCUAUUUGUUUCUCUUGAGCCGAACCAUGAGGGUUUGAGGCUUAUCCCUCUGUACUCGAUUGUCCUGUCACCUAUGUGUGGAUACAAGAUGUAUUGUACCCUUCUAUUCCCCCCCUUUUUUUCUUUUAUUUUUUCCUCAGCUUUUGGAGUUUUCUGUUUUUUUUUUGUUUCUUUCCUUUUCUUUAUAUCUUGUAGGAAUUUAUCUUUGAUUUAGAGAAAUGUCCAUUUUAUGGACAUUAGCUUAUUA